UCGGAGCACAGCCCGUGCAGCAACAGAGCGGGGUGAGGGGGUCCUGGUGGCAGCCCCAAAAGUGGGGACUGGGCAGCCCUGGGAACACCAUGGCUGUGAGUUUUAAGAAACCAGAAGAGGGGCUUUUGUUGAUCUCUCGCCCAUCCUGGAGCUGCUUCCCAUCCCCACAGCCCUCGUGCAUCGCUGUCCUCCAAAGGGGACAGUGCUUUUGUUGCCUGUACUCCCCCGUGGAUGUGAACUCGGGGGUUCCUGACGCUGCUCCAUGUGAGCGCGGGGGACACGUGGGGUGGCUGCGGCGCAGGAAAUCCCUGCGGUAAACAAGCCCAGCCCUGGCAGCUGCGUGGGAUUAAUGACAGCCUCGUGCUGGGGCCAGGGGGGGUCUGUCCCAGGCUCCCAGACAGACCAGGUCGUGUUUUCAAGUGCUGCUUCCCCAAAGCUCUGGCGUAGGGACUGAAAUGCCAUCACUCCUUGGGGCUGCCAGGUGGCCCCAUUCUCAGUGGCUCAAAUGCCACUGGGGGACGGGGUUGCGCUGUCACCCGAUCCCCGCGGCCGCUGGAAUGUCCUCUGGGUGCUAUAUAAGUGGGGGCCACACGCAGGUGGAAGGAGUGAGACGGGGACACGGAGCCGAGCCCCCUUGGUAAGGCCCUGGGGGACGCCGGGGGUCAGGGGGCUGGGCCAGGCUGCUCUGGGCCUCGGUUUCCCCAAGGAUGCACAGAAACAGAGCGGGAUUUGAUUCCGUGCUUGUCUGAAGCCAACCAGAGCUGCGGCAGUGAGCUGUCAUCUCCAUCCGUGAGCCAGGAGCCCCGCAGGACACUGCGUCCCACUGCCAACUUUUGCGUUCUCUCCCAGCCACCAUGGUGGGCCUGAAGCCCCCCGAGGUGCCCCCCACGGCCGCCGUGAAGUUCUUCAGCGCCGGGACGGCCGCCUGCAUCGCCGACCUCUGCACCUUCCCCCUGGACACCGCCAAAGUGCGGCUGCAGAUCCAGGGCGAGGUGAGGAUCCCACGCAGCACCAACGCGGUGGAGUACCGGGGUGUGCUGGGCACGCUGAGCACCAUGGUGAGGACCGAGGGGCCCCGCAGCCUCUACAGGGGGCUGGUGGCCGGGCUGCAGCGGCAGAUGAGCUUCGCCUCCAUCCGCAUCGGGCUCUACGACUCCGUGAAGCAGCUCUACACCCCAAAAGGGGCUGAGAGCACAGGGCUGCUGGCACGGCUGCUGGCGGGCUGCACCACGGGGGCCGUGGCGGUGACGUGCGCCCAACCCACCGACGUGGUCAAGGUGCGGUUCCAGGCUCUUGGGGCGCUGCCGGAGAGCAACCGCCGGUACAGCGGCACCGUGGAUGCCUACAGGACCAUUGCCAGGGAGGAAGGAGUGCGUGGGCUGUGGAGAGGGACGCUGCCCAACAUCGCCCGCAACGCCAUCAUCAACUGCGGCGAGCUCGUCACCUACGACCUCAUCAAGGACACGCUGCUGCGGGCGCAGCUGAUGACAGACAACGUUCCCUGUCACUUCGUGGCCGCUUUCGGGGCCGGAUUCUGCGCCACGGUGGUGGCGUCACCGGUGGACGUGGUGAAGACGCGGUACAUGAACGCCGGGCCCGGGCAGUACCGGAACGUGCCGAGCUGCCUGCUGGCCCUGCUGCUGCAGGACGGCAUCGCCGGCCUCUACAAGGGGUUUGUCCCCUCUUUCCUGCGCCUCGGCUCCUGGAACGUGGUGAUGUUCAUCUCCUAUGAGCAGCUGCAGCGCGUGGUGAUGCUGGCCCGGCCCGCGCCGCCCUGAUCGCCUCCAGCCUCACUCGUCAGCGCUGACGAGUUGCAGCAGUCAAUUACAUUAAUUGCUGAAGCAGCGGGGAGCGGAGGUACCAAAGGUCUCCAAACCCACGGGAUGAGAGGGACCAAGGGCAGCCCCGUGAGGGACCAGCGGGAGGAGAAACGCAAAGAAGGGAAGGAUGGAGGUGUCCAGAGCAGAGCAGGGAGAGGAAGGAUGGAGGGGUCAAGGUUUUCCAGCCAGGAACAGCAGUGCUGCCUGGGGGAAGAGAGGUGGGAAGGAGCGUGGUGGGUGGGGGACACGGUGAGGCCGGGUAUUCCUCGCUGAUGCUUCAAAUAAAUCGCCCCUAUGGGGUCUGUCGCAGCAGGA